AUGCUACUAUGGCUUCAAAGAUCAGUAGCGGCAGAACAGCUUUUUGGCGUACAAUCUAUUAAUGUAGACAUUUCAAAUCAUACAGAUCUACUGCAAAACAUUGGUGCACAAAUUGUUCGCGUGCCAAUUGCUUGGCGACUAUUAGAAUACGAUGGUAAAAAUAAGUUCGCACCAUGGUUUCUUGAUUAUCUCGAUUCCUACAUAUAUGGUCUUGAAAAAGCUGGACUGAAAAUUAUCAUCCAAAUGGCUCAAACGCCCUGUUGGGCUUCAACAUCACAGAACUGUAAUGAAUUCUAUUAUCGUCCAAAACUCUAUAGUGACUAUGCUGAUGCAAUGGUCUUUUUACUGGGUCGUUAUGGCAAGAAGAUUUAUGCAUGGGAAAUAUGGAAUGAGCCAAAUCUGAGUAUGAAUUGGUUACGCCCUGAAUGUUCAGGGAAUGGUGGGUUAUGUCCACGAGCUGCUAGUAUAAAUGAUGAAUUUAUGGAAUUUAUUGACCUAAAAGGUGCACAAGAAUAUUCAGCAAUGGUUAAAAUAACGUAUCAAAAAAUGAAAGCAGUUGAUUCAAGUGUUAUUAUAUUGGCUGGAAGUCUUGCAGGCAGUGAUGUUGAUUAUUUAAAUGAAAUGUAUAAAUCGGGUUUAAAAGCCUAUUUUACUGCAUUAGCAAUGCAUCCAUACACGGCUGCAUAUCCACCGGGUAACACUCGGUACGGUCAAGAAUAUGGGCCUGAUGAUUGCUUUACAUCACAAGUUUCAUCAAAGUUUUGGUGUUUUACCGAUGGUGUUGUAAAAAUACGCCAAUAUAUGAUAUCGAAAAAUGAUGGAUCAAAAACGAUUUGGUUUUCAGAAUUCGGUUUUAGCAGUUUCUCUGGUUGGAAUGGUGCUGGAUUGGUGGGUCAAGCCAAUCAUUUGCAACGUGCUAUUGAUAUAAUACAACAACAAUGGCCAUUUGUGCAAGUCGCUUGUCUUUAUGAAUUUUGUGAUCAAGCAAAUAGUGAUAAUCGAGAAGCGUAUUUUGGUUUAUUUGACAAAGAUCUAAUUAUCAAACCGAGCGGUUUGGCAUUUAUGAAUAGAAUAAAAAAACCUGUAGGAACAACAUCACUACCUAUAACAAUAGCACUGGAUACAAAAACUGUAUACCCAUCUGGUGCUAUUUCCACAUUUGUCCCGUAUUUUUCAUGGCCAAGUAUACUAAAUGCAACGAUGUAUCUACUAUGGGUUAACGAUUAUGGCAAUCCAAACAUUGGAGGAAAAAUUAACAAAUACUAUACUUCAUCCGAAGCAAAUUGUCCAAUGGGUAAUGCAGUAUUUUGUGCAGUGGUACCAAAUGUUCAAUUUUCUAAACAAGGUGGACAGUCGUGGGUAACAGCUUUUUUUAAUAAUGGUCCACAAGAGACAAAUGUUGUAGGUGGACUUUACUUUACAAUACAGUGA